CUUCUUGGCCAGUAGAUGGAUAAGAGGAUUUGCUGAAUUACCUUUCCUUUUAUAUUGGCAGAGUAUUUUUUUUUAUUUUGGAAAAUCGUUUUUUGUUGUUGAUUCUUACGUUAUUUUUGUUACUAACUUUGUUACGUGCUACUGUCAGUCGAUCGAAAAUAGGGUCGAAGUGAAGUGAAAUGUAGUUUGUAAACUCUCCCAGAUUUUCGCGCCAUUUUUUGUAUGGGUAAUCAUUGUAUACUAUAAAUAUGGCAGCCAUAAACAUUGAAAUCAACAACAAGGAAGCGGUUAAGCUUGAACCCGAUAUAAUAUAUCGUGUUGGACGUCGGCCGGGUCUUGAAUUUUCAAUUGACGAUGAUUCCGUUGAGCUUGCGCAUGCUACAAUUGUUUGGGUAGCCGGCGGAAUCGUGCGUUUAGCAGCUGUAAAUGGCGAUGUAUUUGUGAAUGGCCUUAAAACGGGACUGGAAAUCAAGAGCAUUAGCGAAGCAGAUGCCAUCAAUGGACUCGUCGAUUUGGCCUUCGGCAAUGUGACGGGCAAAUUGCGAUUUAACGAUGUCCAUCGCUUGGAUACCGAAGAGGCUAACGAUUCCAGCGGCUUUGGAGAGGCCACCAGAGGAGAUAAGUCGACUAAUAUAACUGAUGGUAGCUUCAACAUUCCCGAAUCGGAGCCUCAAUCAGCCAACAAUACAGGAAUUACAGAUAGUUUCGUCAUUCCUGAAACGCAGGCGUUUUGCUUGGAUCGACCUGCAAAGGAUAGCAAAUCAUCGAAGAUAUCAUUAGGCGAUGAUUUUAUAAUACCUGAAACUCAAGAUAUUCUGCUCAAUGCUAGUAAUAAUCCUAUUCCAAUGAAUCAGGAGUUAGAUAUUAUCAACGAGGAUGAUUGUUCAGAGCUCGGUACUCAAAUACGCAUUUGCACUCAAGAUUUCAAUGAAUUCAAUGAAGAUGCCAUUGACGAUUUUGACGCAUCGCUUAUACUUGGAAAUAGAGAGUUGGAGAUGUUGCCACCUGCCAAGCAACCAAAGGAUACCACUGGAGCUGAUCCGGAUAUGAGUGCCUUGAAUUGGUCUGCAUCCAAUUCAAAAUGCACUGCAUUGAACAGCACCAAGGCUGAUGAUUUGUCUUCCCGAGGGGAUAUCUGCUUAACUCCAGAUUUAUCUCUAGCAGAAAAAGGUUCAGGAGAGCUUCAGGAUGAUGCUGAUUGCACUCCAGAUAUAUUUGAUGUGCUCAACGCUAUUCAAAAAGGAAGUUCACCGGAUUUAAAUCUGCCUGCAACCGUGCUCUGCAGUCCAUCGACUAAAGUCGUUGACAAACAGAAGGAACCAGUAGUUGCCAGCUUGCAGACGCCAGAUUCCAUUCCGACGGAGCUACUGGAUAACUGCCAAGAUUUCGUAGCGACGCAGGCAUUUCCAGCAACAAAUGUAGAGCCAAAAAGCUUUGUAUCGAAUACGAAAGGAAAUGAGGAGGACUUUCUUGAAACGCAACCAUUUCCCAAAGGAUUGCCACGACGAAAAUCGAGUACAUCUGAUGAUACUUUGGAAGACUUCAUUGCCACACAGGUCUUUGUCAGACCUGGAGCUCCUAUGCCAAAAUCGAAGGAGUUGAUGGGCACACGAUUGAGUAUUACUGCCCAAGUCCAUAGCCAUAAUGAGGAUUUCAUAGAAACUCAAGUAUUUCCUACGAAUAAAAUCCCUUCAGAUCCCAGAUUGAAUGCAGCCGAUGAUAAUUUGGAGGACUAUAUAGCAACACAGGCGUUCAUUAAGCCCCCUACAACUUUUGCAGCAACUCCUAAUAAAGCAGUAGACGCAAUUUUGAGUAUCACUGCCAAAAUAGCUGACAACACGCAAGAUAUGUUGGAGACUCAGUUGUUUAUAUCUCCCGUGUCAAUCAGUGCUAGAGCUCCAGCUGAUAAAAAGGAUGCUGACUGCCUGCAAGUUCCUAAUUCAAUUAAAAUUGGAGAUGAACUUGAUAAAGACCUCAGCCAACUGAUUGGCCUUUCUUCAUCCGAUGAUGCUGAGGAAAGUAUCGUUGAGCAAGGAAAAAACACUAUCGAAAAUGCUGGAAUCAAGAGUCCACAAUCCACAGAGCAGGAGAACCAGCGUAACUUAGAAAGCAGUCGCAAACGUUCUUCCUCUCGUUCAGAAUCACCAGAAGCAUCACCUUGUAAAAAAAUACGCACAAGACGAAUCUCAAAAUCUUCCGCACCAUCCGAAGCAGAGGAGAGCAAACUUGCAGGGCCUACGAAAGAAAAAAGGACGCGAUUGAAGCGACCUUCAAUGGCUGACGAGGAUACGCCUCCAAAGAAGACACGCGUUAAAAAAGAUCAGCUAACUACUGAAAGUGCCUCAGAUGCAAAGACUCAAAAGACUAAGGCAUCUGAUCAAACGGAAGUACGAGUGCGGGGCAGACCACGUGGCAGCAAGAAAUCUGGACAACAGAGCAACGAUGCUAAGAGUGAAGUUAAAACUGCAGAAGAAAAUGGAACAACGGAAAUUGAAGAAGCUGUAACUAAAUCAAGAAAAUCUAAGAAGGCAAAUGACUCAAGUGAUGAUAAAGUUGUCAAUCAGGAUGUACUACCCGUUAGUCGACAAACAAGAAGACACUCUCAGUUAAUCGACAAUAUUGUUGAAGAAAAUGGUGAAGAAAUUACCAAAGAUAAAAAAGAGGAGGAUAUACCGAUCCCAAAAAAAGAAACCCGGCGUGCAGCUAAGGGAGCCAAAAAAGACAAAGCUGGAAGUGCGCGCGCAGCUACGAGAAAAUCUGAUUCUGCCAAGCCAACAUUAAAAAAUGUUAAGGACACGAAAGAGGUUAAUGGUGAUGCAUCUGACAAAGGUUUGCGGAGUAGCAGUAGGUCAUCAUUGGAAACUAUUGAGGACGAGCCAACAACUAGCUCUAAUGCCCGAAAAAUGAAUACUCGUAGAAGUAAGCAGGCUAAUAGGAAUCCACUAAUAGAAAUCAACGACUACAUCAAGAAAAUAAAAAGGUCGGGAAAACUUCGUUUAGCAUUAUCUAUGUGCAAUCACGCUGAGCUGACUCCGGUCUUGACGGCCUUAAAAAAUGCUAUUGAAGUUACCAAUGAUCCAGUAGAAUGUGAUUUGCUCAUCAUGGAUAGAGGAGAACGCACUUACAAGUUUUUGGUUGGAGUUGCAGGGAACAAACCCAUUUUGUCCACUCAAUGGCUGCAUGCCAUGAAGAAAACGUGUUCCAUUAUUGUGGAACCGGAUCAUAUAUUCAAGGACGAGAAAUUUGAGGAGACUUAUAAGUUUAAGCCGUUAUCAGUAUUUGAAAAUCCCAGCUUAUUGAAAGGAAUCGAAUUCAUGCUCGGUGGGGACAUCCAGCCGAGUCCCAACGAUAUGAAAGCUAUUAUUGAAAGCGCCGGUGGAACCGUGCACGCGAAGGUCCCUUCGAUUGCGAGCAAUAUUAAACUAUAUGCGAUUGCUAGUAAGAAAGAUAAGCACGUCUGGUCGCUUCUCAGGAACUACAAAGAUGUACAAUAUAUUACAACAGAGGGUGUCAUGCAGGCGGUUGUCCAGCAUAAUUUGGGGCUGCUGGACGAGCACAAGCUACAUUUAGUAGAUAUAAGUAAAUAGAUAUAAAUAGGCGUAAAAUCACUCAACUAAAGUGUAUAAAGCCCGUUGUCAGAUUUACAUUGUUAUUGGCUAGCGUUUAAUCCGAUUAUAUAUUUUCUGUAGU